UCCUUGCCUGCUGAGGAACCAUGUCCCGCUCGUUGUCUCUGCUGAGCACUCGUGUUUCCUCCAGAUGUCCCCGGCUGUGAGCUUGAGAUCGCCCUUUCAGCGAUGCAGCCCCAUCCAAUCAAAUCUGGCCCCGGCCAGCCCCCGAUACCCCUCCUCCCCGACGAACUGACCGCUGCGUCGCACCAUGGCCUCCCCUCCCCACCAGAGCGUCUGGGCCCGCGCAGCACCCAGUCCUCCUCGGCCGUCCACAGUCGUGAACCCUCCUCUGCCAGAGGCAGAGGCCUUGACCCGUCUACUGCUACGCUUCCUCCCUCGGCUUCCUCCUCCUCCUCCUCGCCGUCGUCCUUGCCGCCCUCCGCCGCCGUCUCCGCCUCAGUCUCUUCCUUGCAACCCCAACCCCGCCGACGCGGCCAGUCCCAUUCAAAAAGCCCUGAGACGGGCGUCGUCGUCGGCCUCGAGCGACGGCCCUCCAACUCCUCCUACGGGCAUCAUCGUCAGACAUCCAUCGUGCACGGCAUUCAGCAUUCCCGGAACCCCAGUUUCGCCAAUACAAACCCGCUCAGCCCGGAGCUGAUCGCCUCCGUUGGGCGUGCCAUGGCGGCCGAGUCGAUGGAAAUGGGCAGGUCGGACCAACAACAACAACAACAACAGUCUCAGUCCCCUUCACAAUCACAAUCACAAUUACAAUCACAAUCACAAGAUGUACUACCCAAGAAUCCGAGUCCAGGUCAUUCCACCUUGGCGACUAUUGAAGACCAGGGCCCCAUGGAUCCGGCUGCGGCCUCCCACCGGCGGAAUCCUUCCACGGGCAACAAGAACUGGCAGAAGAAUUCGCAUAGCCGGACUCACUCGAAGCAUCAUCAUACCGAGUCAAAGACUGUCGGCGAAUAUGCAUUACACCACCUCUUCAACUCGUUCGUUGGACAAGCAGACGCCAAAAUCAACCAGGCCAUCAUGAAGCUGGGAGAAUCCUCGGCCCCGGUAGAGGAGGUCUGUGGACCCGGCGCGGAUCCAACCUUUGACCAACUCAUCGCUGCUCUGGGGCAUAUUGCCCGUGAUAAACCUAAGCCGUUGAUCGACACGAUCAUGUUCUGGCGUAAAGCCAAGGGAGACGCCGCUAUCAUGGCCAAACAGCCCAGGCCAUCAUUUGCAGAGAAUGGACUACUGCACCGUCGCAACACGGAACCCACGCAGAUAAAUACCGAAUCCCCAGCGGUGGAUCCUACUCCUCCUCCUCCUCCCCCGCCACCUAGCACCCUCCUGUCAAGACACGAAGAUGUGGUUCUGGCCGAGAGACGGGCCACAGUCUCGGUCUAUCUGGUCUGUCGUGUCCUCAUCGAGAUCUUCAACCAGAGCAGCCUGGCCUCAAUCACCGUCGAUAUGGCCGACCGCCUCGAGGAUAUCAUAUUUGGCCAGCUCAAGACCGUCGAUCCGGACCAGAUCGCCGCCUCCCCGCUGCGGAUGGCCAACUGGCGGAUUUACGCCCAGCUGCUAGGCAUCAUGAGCGAGACCAACUUCACCAGUGUCACCAAUCGCUUCCUCGCCGAACUCGACCGCUACCAGAAGGACGAGGCAAUGCGCGGCGGGCCGACCAAGGACAGCGAAGCCAAGGUUGAACUGCUCAUCCUGGGCAUGCGCUAUCUCCGUAUCAGCACCUAUCCGGAAUCAUGGACCAAAACCUGUGAUUUCAUGCGCUCUCUCGCCCGCUUGUUCGUCAACGCCCACGGCCAACGCAUCAAGCAAGCCUACUGCUACAUCUUCGAGACUCUGCUCCUCAUCGUCGCUGCCAGCCCGAGUGCCGACCUGACCCUGCCCAAAUGGAAGGAGUUUCUUGACCUCGUCCAGCCGCGUCUCUCUCAACUCAUGACAAAACCUCGCCACUGGGCCGCAGCUUUCCCCCUGCAUGUCCUGCUGCUGUGCGUGUCCACAAAGGAAGUCUUCUCCGCCCAGUGGCUGUCCAUCAUCAUGGGCCUGCCUGCCAAGUUGAAAGAACGCCCGGCCCGUGGGCCGGCCCUGCAGGCCAUGUGUCGUCUCUUGUGGACUUAUUUUUUCCGCCACUCCGAUUCCCCAACCGUGACCCUCCGCAGGGUCGAAGAGGUCGUCAAAAUCGCCUUACCCCCGGGCCGUAAGAGCUACCUCACCACCGAACCGACCGUCUCCGACCCCCUCAUCCAGCUCAUCCGCAUGAUCGGGCUCAAGCACCCAGACGUUUGCUUCCGCAACAUCAUCUUUCCCUUGAUCAACUCCGACCUCUUCCUGUCCGGCCGCGAGCUCCGGAUCGACCAGAUGGAGCCCGAACGCAUGGUCAUCGGAAUCCGCUCCUUCUUGGCCAUCAUGUCCGAUCUCGAGCACUGCGAUCAUCUCUGCCCGCCUUUUCCCACGGGCGCCGUUCCCAACCCCUUCACCCAAGUCAGCGUCGCCCACAUGCACCGACCACAGUUGCUAGCGGAGCCCAGAGUGACGCGCGGGCUCGCCGAUGCCGAUCCUACUACUACUACUACUACUACUACUACUACUACUACUACUACUACUACUACUACUACCCUUUCCCGACCUGUCAACACGGCCAAACUUGGUGAUAAUACCAAAGAAUACUACAUCCGCUUCUGUGAGAUUCUGGGCAAGAUCACCAUCGUCUGUGACAACGCCUUUGGUGGCCAGGCGGCCUUGGACGAGAAGUUCGGCGGGUCCACACCCAAGACGCCCAUCUCCGAGGCGUUCAGCUUCGCCCGGCGCGACGACCACCUGACGGCGUCGGAGCAGAAACAGGCCUUUUAUGACCUCCUCCACGUCGCCGUGCAGGCUCUGCCCCGCUGCCUCUCGGACCACAUCCCCUUCAAUUCGUUGAUCAACCUGCUCUGUACUGGCACCGCCCAUGUGCAGUCGAACAUUGCCGCCUCGUCGGCCGAAUCGCUCAAGGCGAUCGCCCGCCAGGCGCACGCCCAGCAGGUGACCAUCGGAUUCGCCCGGUUCAUCUUCAACUUUGACGCGCGAUACUCGACCAUGUCGGACGAAGGCAUGCUAGGCCCGGGCCACAUCGAGUCCACGCUGCGGCUCUACGUCGAACUGCUCGGCAUCUGGAUCGAAGAGAUCAAGCAAAAGACGAAAGGGGUGACGGCCGACACGGCCGACAAGUCCCCCUCUGGAAGCCGGGCUCUGCAGCUCGAUCUGUCGAGCGUGCUGGCGUACGUCGAUGAGAUCGAGUCCCAUGGCCUGUUCUUCCUCUGCUCGCAGUCCCGGCGGGUGCGCGCGUUCGCCAUCACGGUCCUCCGGCUCGUCACCGAGUUCGACAGCGCGCUGGGCAAGGAGAACACGCGCAUCAUCCGCAUUCUCGAGGCCGACUCCCAACAGAUCCUGGACGUCAACGACGAGCAGCUCACGGUGGCGGAGCGCAGUCGGAUCCAAAAGGGCAAGCGGCGGAGUGCCUCGCAGAACACCCUCAUCGAACUGUGCAGUAGCGAGGUCUCGUACGAUUCCACCCUGUGGUCCAAGGUCUUCCCCAACAUCGUCCGUCUCAGCUUCGAGACCUGCCCUUUCGCCGUCAUGCUGGGCCGGGAGAUCGUCUGUGCCCGGCUGGUCCAGAUGCACAACACCAUCACCGCCCUGGCGGAGAGCCCGCGCCCGGCCGCGCCCCAGUACGGUCCUCUGCUGAUGGAUGCCGCCCAAGGCCGGACCUUGGCCCGCAACAACAUGACCGCCGAGAUCCUGGUCGAGCAGUGGAAGCUCUACCUGGUCAUGGCCUGCACCACGGUCAACACCGUCGGCGCCCAGUCGCAGAGCCAGCUGGCCAAUGCCCAGCACGCGCGCAAGGCCUCCAAGGGGGCGCAGCAGUCGCAGGACAAGAUCAGCUCGGCGCGCAGUCUCUUCGCCUUUGUGAUCCCUCUGCUCUCCGCCGAGCGCGACUCGAUCCGCAACGCCAUCGUCGUCGCCCUGGGGUCGAUCACCACGAGUCUCUACCGCACCCUCCUCGAGUCGCUGCAAUACGCCGUCACCACCUGCAACGAGGAGGCCAAGAUCCGCAUCGGCACCCAUGCCCGCACGCCGAGCAGUCCCCGGCGGAACCGCAAGACAGACCGGCUCCGCACCGAGGUGACGCAUGUCUACAAGCUCACGUCGCAGUUCCUGCAGGAACCCGAGGUCUUCAACGACGACUGGAUCGUCAACAACCUGGUGACCUACACGAAAGACCUACGCAUCUUCCUCAGCGAUGCCGAGGUUCAAAACGAUUGGGAGUUCCAGCGCUUGCGCUUCCACUACUGUGGCCUCAUGGAGGAGUUGUUCGAGGGCAUCAACCGUACCAAGGACCCGUCGCGCUGGCUUCCCUUUGAGUCCCGCAAGUCCGCCUUCUCCCUCAUGGAGGACUGGUGCGGCUACUCGCCCAAUCAGGCUCAGAUCUCCCAGCGUGAGGAGAACAUGCGCAAAUUUGCCAUGUCUCACCAGCAGCAGUCUGAGGCCGCGGGCGGCAGCGGCGGCGUUGGCGGCGGCGACAUGCGCAACAAGGCGGCCGCCAUGGAGAUCGAGAAGAAGAACCUACGGGCCGCCGCGUUGAACGCCAUGGCCUCACUGUGCGCCGGUCCCAUCAGCAUCACCACCGAGAGCGGCUCCGUCCUGCAGUUUGAUGUCGGUCGCAUGCUGGCUUGGAUCGCGACCAUUUUCAAUAAUCCCGGAGACAAACUCCACGCGAUUGGCCGCCGCGCGCUGAAGAACCUGAUCAUCCACAACAAGGAGCACCCGUACCUGCUCGAGCGGUGCAUCGAGAUGUGCUACAUCACCGAACGGCCCAAGGCGCUCGAGAGCUACUUCGAAGUGGUCACGCAGGUCCUGAACGAACAUGCCGACUAUCCCUUGGGCUUCUGGCGGAUCCUCGGCGCCGUCCUCGUCACGCUGGGCAACCAGAAGCGGGAGAUCCGCAUGAAAUCCGCGCGGCUGCUGCGGAUGUUGGAGGAACGGCAGCAGAAGAGCUCGCGGCUGCAGGACUUUGACAUCAGCAUCGCGGACAAGACGACCGCCGUUUACAAACUGGCGCAGUUUGAAACCUCCAAGCGCCUGGCCAAGCAGCACUCGGAUCUGGCCUUCACCCUCUUCUCCGAGUUCUCCCUGCAUUUCCGUAACCUGCAGCCGGACAGCCAGCGCAACAUGGUCGCCGCCAUCCUGCCCUGGGUGCAGACCAUGGAGUUGCAGGUCGACCCCAACGGCGGGCCCACGGCCCGCUCGUACAUGCUGCUCGCCAACCUGUUCGAAAUCACCAUCCGCUGCAGCACGAUCCUGCCAAAUGAGGUCCAGGCCCUCUGGCAGGCGCUGGCCACGGGGCCCCAUGGCGGCAACGUGCAGCUCGUGCUCGACUUUAUCAUCUCCCUGUGUCUGGAGCGCAAGGAGCAAAAUUUUGUCGAAUGUGCAAAGCAAAUCGUCGUCUUUCUCGCCGGCACCCCCGCCGGCUCCAAGGUCAUCGAGUUCUUCCUGCUGCAGGUCGUCCCCAAGCAUAUGGUUCACGAGCGCAAGGAUGCCACCACCACCACCACCACCAUCACCCCAACCUCCCCGCCGGACACAAAGAGUCUCCCCUACGUGGCGGAUCUGGCCACCGUCCUCCCCGUCGGCAACAAGCAGGCCGGCCUCUCCCUUGGCCAGGUGUCUCUGAUCUUUUUGGUUGAUCUGAUGGUCGCCCCCGUGAACGUCUCCCUCAACGACCUGGCCAAGCUGCUUCAUGUCGUCCUCAUCCUGUGGGACCACUACACCGUGACUGUCCAGGAACAAGCACGUGAGAUGCUGGUCCAUCUGAUCCAUGAGUUGAUUGCCGCCAAGAUCGAAGAUGAUGCCCCGUCGGGAACCCGUCAGUCAAUUGAAGACUUCGUCGAGUCUAUUCGCCGGAGCGACCCCAAGGUUGUCUGGGAGUAUGAGGAGAAUAACAACAGCAGCAGCAGCAGCAGCAAUAGCAGUGGUGGUGCUGGCAGUCGCAGCAGCACCACCACCACCACCACCACCACCAACGGUAAUGUUAAUGGAAAAGAGGAUCAGGAAGAUGACGGUAGUCGUGUGCCGGCAGCCAUGGCAACCGUCACGCGCGAAGUAGUCAAUUUCUUCAGUCUCGCCUACGAGGGGAUCAGUGAUCUUUGGGCCAAGGAGGCCCUGAACUGGGCCACCUCGUGUCCUGUUCGGCAUUUGGCGUGCCGGUCCUUCCAGGUGUUCCGGUGCAUCUCGACCUCGCUGGACUCGCGCAUGCUGGCUGACAUGUUGGCGCGGCUGUCCAAUACCAUCGCGGACGAGGAGGCGGACUACCAGACCUUUUCGAUGGAGAUUCUCACCACGCUCAAGAUCAUCAUCAGCUCGUUGGCGCCCGCGGAUCUUCUGCACUACCCGCAGCUGUUCUGGACGACCUGCGCCUGUCUGAACACCAUCCACGAGACCGAGUUCAUCGAGAGCGUUGGCAUGCUGGAGAAGUUUCUCGACAACGUUGACCUGAGCGAGGCCGCGGUCGACACGCAGCUGCUCGAGAGCCAGCCACACAAAUGGGAGGGUGAAUUCGAGGGAAUCCAGCCCUUGGUCUUCAAGGGUCUCAAGUCGUCCGAAUCCUUCCACCAGACACUCGACGUCCUGCACCGGCUCAUCGGGCUGCCGAACCAUCCGCUGAUCGGCGACGGCAGCCGUUUCUUGUUCACGACGUUGGCGAACCUGCCGCAUUUUCUUCACUGUUUCGACGAAGAUAUCGACGGCGAUAACGACCCGGCCGCUCAGACUAGAGCCGUGCAGUGGGCCACGCUGCUGGCGCGUGUCGCCGAGCGUGAAGGGUGCCCUCGCCUGGCGGCCUCGCUGCUCGGAUUCGCCAACGGGCAGUACCAGAGCGAGAGCGACUUUCUCGACCACAUCGUGGCGGAGAUCCGCGCGUGCUACUUCCCCCAGCACGACGUGUACAGCCUCAUCUUCCUCAUGGGCCUGUUGACCAACAUUGUGACCUGGUUCCGGGUCAAGAUCAUGAAGAUCCUGUGCGCCAUGAUCCCGGAGAUCGACAUGCGCCGCCCGGAAAUCACCCGGCACGGGCCGGACCUGAUCUCUCCGCUGCUGCGGCUGCUGCAGACAACCCUGUGCUCGCAGGCGCUGCAGGUGCUCGAUCACAUCAUGACGGUGUCGGGCAACCCGAUGGAACGGCACCAUCUGCGCAUGAGCAUGGCCUCGGCGUUGUCGUCGCGGGCGAUCCGCAAGGAGUACGAGCGGACGCAAAGCUUGUAUGGAAUCCCCGAGCCCACGGGCUGGUCGAUCCCCAUGCCUGCCACGCAGUCCAGCCUGACGCGCAACAAUGUGCAUGCCGUGUUCUACACGUGCGCCGAGGUGGACCGCAUGGAGUCGCAGGAGACGGUGGCUCCCGAUGUCGAGUUCCAUGCCGACGACGAGUACAGCGAGGCCUUCUUCCCCAUGCGCGCCGACACGAUGAAGUCGAUCGACACGCAGACCGAUGGGAACAUCGGCGACAUCGUGCAGAAACUCGAUAGCCUGGACGAUUUCUUCGAGGACACCGAGCCCACCACGCUCAUCACCCACCCUUCGUCGCUCAUGCAUCCCAUCUCCUCGUCCGCCUCGAUCUCCGUUGCAGGAAACCCACUGCUGCUGCGCGGCUUUGCGGGCGUCUACGCCGACACCACCGCCGCCAAUCUCUACGACCAGCAGACGGCGCCGAUCCUGCGCAAAUCCCUUGCCCGUACGGCUUCUACUUCCUCCUUCCAUAACGGCCUCGCCGAGUCCCGGCCCUCAAACCUGCGAUCUGACGGCCUGGGUGGCGUUCUCUCUCCCCCGACCUCUUCCCCCUCCUCCAUCAUCAUCGCUUCUUCGUCGUCUUCUUCUUCCUUGACGCCUCAGAUGUCUGUGGCGCAGACUUUGAGACCGGCCGCGCAUGUCCGUUCCGUCACCUCACCGGCCAACAAUCUCUUUUCCACGCCGCCACUCCCACCGCUUAUGUUGUCUCAGCAGCAGCAGCAGCAGCAGCAGCAGCAGCAGUACCAGCAACACCAGUACCAACAACACCAACAGCAUCCCAAACUCUACCAUGCUACUCCCCCCAUCGGGUUCACAGAAUCGGCGUUCUUGUCCGAUAGCGAGGCCGAAGACGGGUUCUCCGAUCUAGACGACCGGAUCCUCCUGGGCGGCAGCAGUAGUGGCAAGUCGCAGACCUCCACGUCCGCCCGGAACCUUCCCGACGGUUCCUCCUCCUCGUCCUCGCUGGAGUCUAUGAUCCGCAACGGCAUGCGCCGGCUGACGGGGGGGACGGCCACGGGCCGUGAGAAGGAGCGGCAGCGUGAACUCCUCCGGGCACAGCAGCGGGCUCUCGCGCAGACGGCCAACUCGCCGCGUGUGCCCAAGGUGCCGGCUGAGUAUCUGCCGGGAGGGUCCAAUCCAGCCUCGCCGAGACAGUAAUCCCUUACCUUACUCUUCCUUUACUCUUCCUUUACUCUCCCUACCACCAUCACUCUAUCAUUAUCAUUUCAUUACUCCCUAUCGGGUUACUUGCACCUACUAUACCCAUCGUUCGCUUUCUUUCCUGUUCAUAAUCAAGCAUCAAGCAUUUCGGUAGUGGAGUUGGAUCCAUCAUACUAGCUCACAAAUGUACUAUCAGGCAACUGAUGGAUUUAGGUAAAUUGUAUAGACUUGUACAGUACCAAAAAUAUUAAAUACCUUACCUAGUACCUAUUAUCUCUAUCCUGUACUCACC